GAAAGUGAUAGAAUGUCGUUGUUCUCCCGUUUCGGUUUUCACAACGAUAAAUUCUCUUACAAAAGAGCAAAAGCUUGAAGUUGAUAAAAUGGGAUUCUCAUCCAUGAAGGCUAUUCAAGAUUGGAAAAUUGAUAGGCGGUUAUUCCUCGCACUUGCUAAAGCAUAUAACACAACAACAAGCAAACUGGAAUUAGUGGUGGGGGAUAUCGAUGUGACAACAGACAAAAUUGGGUUAGCUCUAGGAUUACCUUCAAUUGGUAAAAGUUUUCCAAAAGAAGAAGAUUGGACUUUAGAGCAAAAAAGAUUAGUUGCCCCGUUCAAGUCUGUGACAAACCCAUGGUUACAAGAAGUAUUACAUUCAAGAGAAUGUAAUGUUUCAACAUCCAAAGGGAGAGAUUAUUUUAGGAGAGCAUUUACAAUAUUCAUUAUUAGCUCAUUUUUGGCACCAACAAGUAGCGCUGUCACAUCCCCAAAGCACUUACAUGCCAUUGUUGAUGUAGAGAAUAUCACAAGAUACAAUUGGGCGAGAUUUGUGCAUGAUGAGCUUAUGAAAGGGGUUCAAAAAUUUAAGGAAAAAAAUACAUUAAGUAUUGAUGGUUGUCUUUAUGUUUUGAUGAUUAUCUAUUACCACAAAGACACAUUCGGAGAUAAGGAAAAUUAUAUGGGGCCUCCACCACCAUGGAUUGCUUAUUAG